UCCCUUCACAUCUUCAACUGACUAAUCUCUCCCCAAAAAAUUGCCCUGUGAAACAGCGAAAGAGGGCUUUGUUCAAACUGUUUUUUUCACUCCUUUGACCAUUAUUUGUCGUGAAUCUAUUCUGAUUUCUUGUUUGUUCUUAUCUACAAAGGGGCAUGCAAGUCAAUAAGGAAGUGUAUGUGUCCACAGCAGGGCAAUCGUCAGGGGUUCUUCACUGCCAAUGUCAUAAAUGGAGACAUUGGUAGUACAACUUCAUGCACAGCAGCACAGGUCCGGAGGAGGCUUUCUUUUCCAGUUUGAUGGUGGCGUUUUCCCUCGUUAAGAGAGGAUGAGCUUGAAAAGAGAGAAAAAAGAGCAGAGGAUGCGGGGAAAGGAAAUGGGUCUUCCCGGCACUGCAUUAGCCUGCUUGUUCUUGUUGAUGGCUGUGUCAAACUUGAGCAUAACAAUGGCUGUGGAUGAGGAAUGGAAACUAGCUACUGCUACAUUCUCCAAAGAUGCGGAUGGAUCAAUAGCCAUUGGAGGCGCGUGUGGUUUUGGAAUAGUUUACCAGAAGGGCUAUGGGGAGCAUACAGCUGCACUGAGUAGUAGCCUCUUUAACAAGGGAGGGAGAUGUGGUGCCUGCUAUGAAGUGAGGUGUGUGGAUCACAUCCUAUGGUGCCUCGUGGGGAGUCCCUCUGUGGUCGUGACUGCAACCGACUUCUGUCCUCCAAACUACGGGCUGCCCAGCGAUUAUGGUGGCUGGUGUAAUCCUCCAAGAGAACAUUUCGAAAUGUCUUAUCCUUCUUUCAUCAAGAUUGCAGUACCGAAGGCCGACAUCGUGCCUGUUCAGUACAGAAGGGUCAGUUGUGAAAGGAGAGGGGGGAUGAGAUUCACUCUAUGUGGAUGCUCUUACUACCAUCAGGUGCUCAUCACAAAUGUCGGUUUGGAUGGAGAAGUGGUUGAAGUGAAGGUGAAGGGCUCAAAGACGGGCUGGAUACAGAUGGCGAGGAACUGGGGACAGAAUUGGCAAUGCAGUGCAAAUCUGAUUGGGGAGCCUCUGUCUUUUGAGGUGACCAGCGGCUCUGGAAGAAGAGUGACAUCCUACAAUGUUGCCCCCGCAGAUUGGCGAUUUGGCCAAACGUUUGAAGGCAAACAGUUAUGAGAUUGUAUAGAAAAAAAUUCUUUACACAGAAGAGGAGUGGUAUUAAGAACGUAAAAAAAACUUCUGAUCAAAGGAAAAUGAGCAAGGCAAUCUCCUGCUUUUGAGAAGGGAACAGUAUCUAAUCCAAGCUUAAUCUUUCCAAUCAAAAGCACCUCUAUUUGUGACUAAAGUAGAUUCUUCUUACGUCUUCGAGGGAUUUUAUGAAAAGGUAGAUAUUAUAUUUUUCAUGCAUUCCCAAGCCACAAGAAAAGUCGCUAGUGAUCAUUUCAACUGACAGAAAGAAGGGUCCCACAUGUGCACUUUGAAGAUCCCAAGGUGCCCGCUGCACUCCCGCUUUUACAAAUCUUCCCACCAUUGCAUUUGAUUUUCAGAAUUGUUUCCUCCUCUGCAAACCAGUAAUUUACUGCUGGAACCUGUUUCAGUUAGUAGCGCGAUUCACAGAAAGAAAUGUGAGAUGAGUUCCCCUGAUCUCCUCUUUCCAAGUAAUCUUCCUCCCUUCCAUGUCCCCAGCAGCUGUUGGAAAGUAAGAGCAAGAGAAGAUUGCUUAGUAAAUUGACCCCAGCAGACGAACUCCAUAGAAUCUGCGGCAACGGGUGGUGUCUAUCUGUGAGACCGCCAUCAUAUGGCACCUUGUUGCAGGUGUCUUGUCUAAGAAGACAACCACAUCUCCAUGCUUCAUCUUGCGUUUUUUUCAUGUUCAUUUCAUGUUGAUUUACUCGGGGGAAACAGUUUAUUCGCAGGCUUUGCAAAAGGCCCGGUCUCCUAGAUGCUUUACCUACAAAUGGGGGCAAUUCUCGUACCUUUACUGGAAGAUGGGAUGGUUACAUCAGGCUACAAGUGGCACUUUUUAUGAAAAAGCAUGAUCUCCCACAGACACCGUUCAGGUUAAAUACUCGUGUCUGUAGACAAGUCUCACAAAUUCUUGUGACCCGUGGCUUGUAGAGCAUUUAAAAUGUUUUUUAUGUGAUCUGGAACAGAUUUAAGUUGGAG